AGAGAGAGAGAGAGAGAGAGACGCAGGAGAAAGAGAGAAACUGAACAGGAUGACAGAUGACGUUAGUGAUGAUUCGGGAUAUUAAAUGUUGAUGAUAGACGGUGACGAUUUCGAAUUGUCGAUUUCUCCGAUCGCGCGUCGCGCAAAAAGUGCAACGGUACAUCAACGGUUGGACACGACUGCCGCGUUCGAUCAUGGAUCGAAAUUGGGGGGCGCGAUCCCCGUCGUGUUGAGCCCGCAGUGAGAUGACGGUUUCGGAGAGAGAGUGAUCAUGAAAAUCAACGUGAACGAGGAGCGGGCACGACUGAUCAUCGAUCACGAAAGGCGGGAGAUCCGCCGCGGUGGCUGAUAGCGAGGCGCGUGACGAGCCGUCCGCCUCCGUCUGCGAAGUAAGUGAAAUCACGACGUCCCGACCGGGGGGUGCGUGCUUGAGCGACGAAGGGCGGCUACUGGCCGAUGGGAUGCAUCUACCGGUGGGUUCCGUGGGCUGCGGGGAGAAUUACGGCACCGUUGGAUCCCACGAAGGCGCCGGCCCGUGUGGUCCCUCCCUGGCGCCGCUGCAAGGUGUAAACAACAGAUACCACCAGGUAGACGACGCCGACGCCGGAGGUGGAGGCGGCGAAAUGAGCGAGAGUGCCGCCGUCGGCGAACUUUGGUGGACCGAAAGGCUCGUCGGCGAGGCGCAGGCCGAACAUCCCGGAGAACUCGUCAGGACAGGAUCGCCAUACUUUCUGUGCAGUCAAUUACCGACGCACUGGCGGUCCAACAAAACGCUUCCAGUGGCAUUUAAAGUGGUUGCUCUCGGCGAGGUUGGCGACGGGACUCUGGUGACAGUUCGCGCUGGUAACGACGAGAACUGUUGCGCGGAAUUGCGAAACUCUACCGCGCUCAUGAAAAAUCAAGUCGCUAAAUUUAACGACCUUAGAUUCGUCGGCAGAAGCGGCAGGGGAAAGAGCUUCAGCAUCACCAUCACCGUGUCGACGACGCCACCCCAAGUGGCGACCUACACGAGGGCGAUUAAGGUGACCGUCGAUGGACCGCGGGAGCCACGAUCGAAAACGAGGCAGCAACAUCAACAAUUCCGCGCGCUCGGCCUGGGACAAAGACCCUUCCUCGACGCGCCGACCUCGUUCAGGUCCCACCUGCGGGAACUCGAAUCCUUCGGGAGGAAUAAGCAUCACCAUCAUCACAGCAGCAGUCACUUACACGACCAGCAGACUGGCAACAACGUCACCACGAAUUCGGUUAGCGGUGCCUGCACCAACCCCAACAACACCGACCCGACCGCAUCGCCGGCUUCCAGUACACACCUCGGGGCUACCGGCGGCUCUUCCGUUCAUCAGGAUUGCUACAAGCGGAGUCCUCAACACGGCGACACGGGUGUGGGUACCACAGAAUGGACUUAUCCAUCCACAACACCAUCUUAUCCAGCUCCUCCAGUCAGCAGCAGCGGUUCCUAUUCUCCUUUACCCGGCGGUGCAUUUUCAUACCCGGGGGAAUCGCUGUCGCAUCAUCCAACGACGGAGCCGGUGCCGUUGCCAACAGUGCUUCCUUCGGACACCCAACAGGACACCUACACGCCGAAUUGCGUGUCCAUGUACUCGGGACACGGCACCUCGCCGACCACAUCCUUGCCCUUGGUGCCGACCAGACCCAGCGACCCUGACAUCUUUGCCGGCGGUGGCACGGGCAGUGCGGGCAGCCCGGGUUACCAUUACAGUUCCUGGACACCUGGCCCGGCGACCCCGGUCCCGGUGGCUUCCCACAAUUACAAUCCCAAUUAUCAAGGCUACUACAACAAUCCCGGGCAGAACUACAUCACGGGUCCGGCGCCGAUGGUCCUCUAUCCUCAGCUCUACAGCACUGUCAAUCAAAACCAGAUUCAUCUGCAUCUGCAUGGUGACCUGAGCGAGGAACAGGUCACCAUAGCCGGUGGCAAUCUCACCAUCAGCAGCAUUCGGGAGAUCGGCGUGCUCGGCGAGGAGAGCGAGCAGAGAAACGACGUAUGGAGACCGUACUAAAAAGAGGAGAUCUCUUGCCGAUAAAAAACUGACAUGACUCUUGGUGCGGCAUAUGGCGCGUGCGAAUUACAAUGCGCGAACUUCCCGCGAGUGUGGCAGUGUAAUUUCUAAUUUAAUGCUCUAAUUAGUGAGUGCAGUGAUAAUAGGACACCGACACCCAGUAUUUUUUGAAAGGAAGACUCGUGUGCAGGACGACGUUGCUGUGUUAAAUAUUCUUCGAACUAUCUGCAGAUACGCGAAUUUGUCGCGUCUGCAAAAAAUUCAAUUGCUGAACGAUAUCUUUGCGGCGACUGCAUGUGAAAGUGAAGAAUAUUAACUUACGCGCGUGGGACAAAGUGACCGAGAAAACUCUUUAUCUUAUAAAAAUCAGCGAAUAGUAGGAGAUCUCAUUAAACGAAACUAAUGAUGAAACUUGAUCGAUAAUUGAGAAAUUAUUGUGAGCACUGAAGCGAAGAGUCUUCAUCGUUACGUGCUCGUUUCUUAAAAGUGAGAAACCGGAUCGCAAGAAUAUCGAAUUUUGAUUCUCGAUCGAAAAAAAAAAAUUAGUCAAACCUUGUAACGUUGUAAAUAUACACAUAUUUUCAGAAAUGAAAUAAAACCUUGCCCAAUGGAUUCCUAAACCCUUUCUCUCUCGCGAAAAAGUAGUCUCAAUAUAAAUA